CCUGCAGUGGCAUUACUGUGACCUUACAACUGCUUCAUCCUGGGGGAAUAUUUGCGUAUAAACUCGGGACUGUUUUGGGGACCGAGCUGGAAGGAUUGUUGCUGUAGAUCUUUUGGACCAACAGCACUGAAGUGGACCUUGUAUUGAUGGACAGUAACUAUCUGUGCAUGUCUGUCUUUGGGACCACAAUCAAAACCAAAGGAAGAGAACACUCUAAUAAAUGUUGCUUCACCGUCCGGCGGCUGUCGACAGCUCUGCAGGACCAGCAGACGUCCACUCUGAAGGUCGCUCUGUGCCCGAACCAGCGCUUUCACCCUUGUUCCCGCACCUUGGCUAUUUCUGUUAACAGGACUGGUCUGUUAUUGUAUAUUGUGUCCGUAUUAUUGUUGACAUUUAUCAGCAUAAUACCACAGACAGACUACAAGUGUCUCCUGGAUGAAUCUGUCGCAUCUGCAACAGUGACCUCCAGCCAUAAUGGACCCGUAACCUGUAGGAGGAAUUCAUCCUAAAUAUACAAACAUCACUUCUCAGGUUGUGCUAAUUCAGGAGUAUACGUUUCUUUUCUUUUUAAACAAAGCCAUCCAUAAAAGCAAUCCAGACUCAGACCAGAACUCAGUACCAUGAGCUCUGAUAGUUUUCAGUACCGUGCGCUGUACGAGUACAAGCGCAAGAGAGGGGAUGACAUCUCCAUGCAGCCCGGCGACCUUCUGACCGUAAGCAAGUUAGCGCUUCUGACCCAAGACUACCAGGAGGGUGAUGAGAAAACCCCCAAAGGCUGGCUGCACGGCACAAACGAGUGCACCCAGGACAAAGGAGACUUCCCGGGCACGUUUGUGGAAUACGUGGGGGUGGUGCGGAUCGGCCUACCUGCUGGAAAACCCUGGCCGAGACCUGUGCCUCCAACGCCUGGAGGACCCCAAACUCCUGGAGGACCUCAAACUUCUGUAGGACCACAGGCAGGGGCCUGUGCUUCAGGGGGCUGCGGGACGGCGGAGGCUCCGGAGCUGUGUAGCGUGCCCAGCCAGGCCCCGGUCGUGGUACUGCGACUCGUGGAGGCCCUGGAGAGACCGGGUUGGGAAAAUGAGGUACUUUAUAAUACCCACCCGGCAUCCAGCAUCCUGACCGAACUUAGCCAGGCUCUGGACACAGACUCAUCUGCAGUGGAUUUUGAGCAAUACGAAUUAGCUGUGUUGGCUGAUACUCUCAGGGAGUAUCUGCAGGAGCUGCCAUGUCCCAUCAUACCAGCUGUGGUCUACAGUGAACUGGUCUACACUGCUCAGGAAACAGUGAGUUUGGAGGAGUGUGGUGAACAGCUGAAGCAAAUCCUGGACUCACCCAGCAUGCCACAGUGCAACCACCAGCUCCUGGUCCAUUUAACCCGCCAUCUCAGCAAAGUAUCUCAGCAUGAAGAAACUUCUCAGGCGAGCGCCAGACUCCUGGCUCAGACCUUCAACCAGUCUGUCUUCAACCACAAACAUCUCAGUGCCGACGUGAACCCGGAUUAUCAGGUGAAGAUUUUGGAGGCUCUCAUCACGGUGGGGGGUCUGAGUGAGAUUCAAGCUGCACCAGCUCUUCCUCCCAAACCGGCCAAACCCAUGACUCCAGCGAACAGCGGUGGUGUGAAGGAGGCUGCCGGCGGCUCGUUACAGGACGCGGAGUGGUACUGGGGUGACAUAUCACGGGAGGAGGUAAACGAUAAACUCAGAGACAUGCCUGAUGGGACUUUUCUAGUACGGGACGCCUCGACUAAGAUGCAGGGAGACUACACGCUAACUUUAAGGAAGGGCGGCAACAAUAAGCUAAUAAAGAUCUACCAUCGGGAUGGCAAGUACGGUUUUUCGGACCCGCUCACCUUCAACUCGGUGGUGGAGCUCAUCAGUCAUUACAGACACGAGUCUCUGGCUCAGUACAACACAAAACUGGACGUCAAGCUCAUGUACCCCAUCUCUCGCUACCAGCAGGAUCAGCUGGUAAAAGAAGACAACAUUGAUGCUGUAGGGAAGAAACUGCAGGAAUAUCACAAUCAAUAUCAGGAUAAGAGUAAAGAGUACGACAAGCUGUAUGAAGAGUACACAAAGACCUCACAGGAGAUUCAGAUGAAGCGCACGGCAAUAGAGGCCUUCAACGAGACCAUCAAGAUAUUCGAGGAGCAGUGUCACACGCAGGAGCGCUACAGCAAAGAGUAUAUCGAGCGCUUCCGCCGAGAGGGCAACGACAACGAGAUCGAAAGAAUAAUGAUGAACUAUGCCAAACUGAAGUCGCGGUUAGGGGAGAUCCACGACAGCAAGAUCCGCCUGGAGCAGGACCUGAAGACGCAAGCGCUGGACAACAGGGAAACAGAUAAAAAGAUGAACAGCUUAAAGCCGGACCUGAUCCAGCUGAGGAAAAUCAGAGAUCAGUAUCUCGUCUGGCUCAAUCACAAAGGCGUACGGCAGAAACGAAUAAACGACUGGCUGGGCAUCAAAAACGAGAAUGUGGAAGACACUUACUUCGUAAACGAGGAGGACGAGAACCUGCCUCACCACGAUGAGAAGAGCUGGUUCGUCGGGGACCUGAAGCGCACACAUGCCGAGGAUCUUCUGCUGGGCAAACCGGACGGAGCCUUCCUCAUCCGGGAGAGCAGCAAGAAGGGCUGUUACGCCUGCUCAGUAGUGGUGGAGGGAGAGGUGAAGCACUGUGUGAUCUACAGCACGCCGCGCGGUUACGGCUUCGCCGAGCCAUACAACCUGUACAGCACUCUAAAGGACCUUGUUCUGCACUAUCACCAGACCUCGCUGGUCCAGCACAACGACUCGCUCAACGUGCGCCUGGCCUACCCCGUCUACGCACAGAUGCCCUCGGGCCCCCGCAGAUGAGGCCCCGCGAUGUGGCCUGACAGACACUCUCACCAUACACACACACAGAUACACACACACAGCUCUUUACAAACUCGACAGACUUUAAUACAAGAGACACUUGCUGCAACACUCACACGUCAGCCACCUUCGGAGUUCUAUAUUUUUACUAGAACAAUUUGGAGGGCAUUCUUUCUAAAGACUGCUAGAUUUGCACAAGGAAGUUUUAAAUGUUUGUGAAUGUGAAAAAAAAAAACACACACAGAGAAGGAAGCAGAAGAGGCGAGUUUCAGGUGACCCACGCUGCUACCUAAACUCCAGCUGGGACUUUACAUGCUUCAUGAGUCGAACUUUUCUACGUCGUCGUCUUUAUCUUUUCAUCCUCAUUUACAAGGCAGGAAAUGUAUUUUUCUUUCUUCGCGCUCGUUGUGUGUGUACGCUGAAGCGCAUGUAGCAAACGGACGCCCGACACUUUCCAGUGUUUCACACGGUAACUGCUGCUGAACGAGGGAUUGUGGGAGGGGACGGAACAUUACUGGGGGGUCGAGAGGGCACAAGUGAAAAUGUCGCUUUUAUAUUUUGUUUGUUUUGUUUAUUUGUUCGCUUUUCUUUGCUGUAUCUGUUUUCUUUUUACUCUAUCCGAGCAGUAAUGGUGUCGUUACAGUCCAGUGCAGAGACCAAAGUUAACAGGGAGGAAGGUCCCUAUUUUUUUUUUAGUUCUGUAGAUCUGUUUGUUUUAACAGAAUGAAGUAAUUUGGUGAUAUUUUACUCGAAAACGAAAACAAACUUCAGCUGAUCGUCCAGACUUGUUGUGAUUUACAACAAUUAAAAAAAUCAGAUGCUAAUGGCAUGCUAGGAAUACGCUGUAGAGGUUGCCAAUCCAUCGCGAGGCUUCGAUCAUCUCCCCCAUCAGACAUAGCCAUCGUGUCUGCAUAGUAGACGUCUGACUGGCCGAUGGCACCUCAAAGAUUCGAACCCGGAUCCCAGAGCGCUGUGCCACCUCAUAUAUGUAUAUAUAAAGCAUUUUUUAUAAAGUCAAUCCAUCGUGGGGCUUUGGCGAUCUCCCCCAUCAAUCAUAGCCAUCAUGUCUGCAUAGUGGACAUCUGGCUGAGUUUCGAACUCGGGUCCCUGAGCCCUGUGCCACCUCGUGUAUAAUAUAUAUAUGAGGCAUUUUUAAAAGCAUUUUUUUAUAAAGCCAAUCCAUCGCGGGGCUUCGGCCAGCUCCCUCAUCAGACAUAGCCAUCAUGUCUGGCUGGCUGAUAGCACCUCAGAGAUUGCAUAGCACCCGGAUCCCAGAGUUCUGUGCCACCUCAUAUAUAUAUAUAUAUAUAUAUAUAUAUAUAUAUAUAUAUAUAUAUAUAUUGGCCAGCUCCCAUCAGACAUAGCCAUCGUGUCUGCGUAGUAGACGUCUGACUGGCCGACAGCAUCUCAAAGAUUUGAGAUUUGCAGUCACUACCAGCCAUGAUGUGUUAGCUGUAAUCUAAUGAUGUGAUGCACACAAAAGAGCCCUGUCCCAAAUUACCUUACAGAGGCCAAGCCAAGCACCAAUUGUGGUGUAAAGGUGCUGGAAUGGGGUAACCAAAAGCGAUUCCACCCACAAAUCCGGCCAUACUUUUGUGGCCAUGCGAAAAUGUCCGUGUUUUUUGCAACACUGUUGGCCCUACUGAUUGUAGGUCUUAGUUCUUAUUAAUAUAUAUAUAUAUAGUUCUUUCAUCCCUACAAAAACGAAUUUUAAUUCCCCUAAUACCUGCAAUUGGAGCACGGAGCAAGAACAUCACAUUCAUCCACCUCUAGACCUCUAGUUGAAGGCUGUAUUGUUCUGGAGUGAAAUAUCACGUUAAAUUCUAUGCCACACGUGAAGUAGAGUUCAGGUUUGUCCGCUGUGCCGAAAACAACCAUGCAGUUUAAAAUAAAGCACUUAAUUUAUACAGAAAAUCCUGCAGCUGCAUGUUUACAACCCAGAUAGAGAAGCUCUAUUUCAUGUGUGGUUUUAACAGGAACCGUUUUUAUUAUCCUAUUUGUUAAUGUGGGUUUGAAACCUUCCUGUACGUCCGUGUAUCAGACGUUAAGCUCUGAAUCCUUCAGUGUACGAGGAGCCGAAGCAGCGGGAUGAAAACUUGAAGAAAGUGCAAUCCAACGUGUAGAGAUCAGAACUUAGAGAGGUCCGACUGUGAUGCACGACAAGCUCAGAGUUACUUAUAAUCACGUGCAUCCAGACCCGCUGUUUCAGGCUUUACUUUUAAAACGAUGCUUCUUUUUUUUUUUUUACCUGGUGCUUAUUGUUUUAGUAGGUACGUGAGUUUCCUUUUGUUUUAAAAAAGAAUACGACCUUUUGGUUUGGUUUUCAUGCACAAUAAAUGCUAAUAAAUUUCUAAAUAACGUCA